CCCUUCCCCAUCACUCCCCCCUCUCCCCGAGAAGACAUAAAGACUGAGGAGACCUCAGCUGAGAUGCAGAGCCGGUUACGUGAGUAACUGCCAGAGCUAAUAAUUGGCUGAGUUGAAUCUGAUGUUCCUGAAAAAGCUAAAGUGAGUGUCAAGUGAACAUAGACGUCUGGACUUGAGGGAGGGGAUUCAAAUUCAAGCCACUGAUGCAGCGCCAGCCAGUGUGGAGAUCGGGUUAGAACAGGCCAGUGGUGACGGGAGGCGUGUAAGAGACAGGAAAGGGAGGAUGUCAACGGGAGAGAGGAAGAGUAGGGUCUGGCAAGUGACAGGCUGUUCCCAGGGAACAAGUAGAUGUGACGUGGGUGUUAAGCAAACUUUGGAAAGUUUGUAGUAAAUGAAAGCGAAAGAUGUAUUUUGGUGGGGGCCAGCUUUGUGGUGUACUGGGAUAUCCCACAUCGCAGGUUUGAGUCCUAGGUCGGCGUCGGAAUCGCUCUGCUUGGUUUGAGGCCUCGUGAGUGUGGACUGCGAGUUGAGAAGAAGCCAGUGACUUAGAAUGCUGCAGCGUCCUCAGCAACAGAAAGGCAAGGAUCGGGCCUUUGGAGCAAGGUAGGGACAGGAGAAGACGAUUUCAAAACCAGGUUCGGGAUAGCUGGAGCCAGUGAGCUGUGCUUGGGGCUGGAUGUCAUCCUGGAUACAUUAACCACGCAGUCUUUGCACCACGUGCAGACUUGCUUGUGGGGAGGCGAGAGGUGUGGCUGUCCCUAGAAGUAAAAGAAGUGUGGCUUAGGGAGCGGCAUCUGUAUGGAGGUGGAGUGGGAAUUCAUGGGCCCAGAGUUCUGGGAUAGUGGGAUUUGUGUAGGGGGUGGCGAGGGACGUUAUGGAGCAGCUGGCUGGUAAGCGGGCUAGUAACUCUGGGUACCUGACAAUUCCUAGUUAUUGUGCUGUUGAUCCACUUCCUGUUUCCAUUUCUUGGGGCCCAUGCUACCCAUGUGUUCUAGACUCCUGGGUCCAGCUUUGGCUCUUUGAAUCAUUUGAGGAGUGAGCCAGUGGAUGUAGAAUUCUUUGUUUCUCUCAUACAUAUAUGCAGAUGCUUUGCCUUUCAGAAGUUGUAACAGGUUUAAAAGAUUGGGAGAGGAGAGUGUGAAGUGCAGAUCCCCAGAAGAGCUGACGUAGACGAGAAAGUUUGAGUCCCAUAUGUGAGACCAGGUUGUAUGGUAACUCUCUCUCUGCUGCUUGUUACUCCAGGAUGGACAGAGAGCUGCAGGAAUAGCUCCAGGACCCAGUAGCUCCUGCCAGCUGGGGAACUGGAGAGGAGGUGUGUGUGGUCUGUAAGGAAUUCCUGGAGAGCGCGUGCCUCUGCGCUGUUACCCAGGGCCGUGGGGCACAGGUUCUCUGUCACCGCUGAAUGGUAGCAAGAACUCUAGGUGCCUGACCGAGAGGGCAUGACUCUUGCCACUGCAGGAGGGGCUUGGACAGGCCACGGUUGUCGACAUGAAGUGAAGGAUGAGGCGGCAUUCUCUCAACAGAGCAUUUCUGUACAAGAAGCACAUGUUAGUUCUUCCAAGACAGGUUCAUCUGUCCCUGCGGCUCACCCUUGCGAUUUAUGUGGCCCUGUCUUAAAUUAUAUUUUAUGCCUGGAUGAACAAGAAACACAGCACAAGCCGAGAGCUUCCGUAUGUGAGGAAUGUGGCAGGCGGUUCUUGUUCAGUGCAAACUUUGACCAGUCCCAGCAGCAUUAUAGUGCGAAGAAGUGUUUGCGGAGGGGUGAAGGCAAGGUCCUCUUUUUAAAGGAUGGCAGAGUUGGUGAAGAACCUCUCUUAUCAGAGGAACCUUUUGCAUGUGGGCAGGAGCGGAAGUUCCAAGCUUCUCUGAGUGGUCAGCAGCAAAAGGCUACCCGUCGGAAGUGGAAUACCUCCAGGCACACCAAGAGUGGGGGGGGCUUUGGUAUCGGCCAGAUGCGUUACCAGUGCAGUGAAUGUGGGAAAGCUUUCAGCCGCAAGGACACGCUGACCCAGCACCAGAGGACACAUAGUGGAGAAAAGCCUUAUGAGUGUGGAGACUGCGGGAAGGCCUUCAGCCGCAAAGCCACGCUUGUCCAGCACCACAGGGUCCACACUGGGGAGAGGCCUUACGAGUGCACUGAGUGUGGAAAAGCCUUCAGUCGCAAGGACAACCUUGCUCAACACAAGAGAAUCCAUACUGGAGAAAUGCCUUACAAGUGUGGUGAAUGUGGGAAGUAUUUUAGCCAUCACUCCAAUUUAAUUGUACACCAGAGAGUCCACAAUGGAGCACGGCCUUACAAGUGCAGUGAGUGUGGGAAAGUCUUCAGACACAAAUCCACGCUUGUUCAGCAUGAGAGCAUCCACACUGGAGAAAAUCCUUAUGUUUGCAGUGGAUGUGGGAAGUCCUUUGGCCACAGAUACACUCUCAUUAAGCAUCAGAGGAUUCACUCUGAGACAAAGCCUUUUGAAUGCGUUGAUUGUGGGAAAUUCUUUAGCAGGAGCUCUGACUUCCUUGCACAUCAGAGAGUUCACACUGGGGAAAGGCCUUUUGUGUGCAGUAAAUGUGGGAAAGACUUCAUUAGAACCUCCCACCUUGUUCGGCAUCAGAGAGUCCACACUGGGGAAAAGCCGUAUGAGUGUAGCGAAUGUGGGAAGGCUUACAGCUUAAGCUCCCACCUAGUUCGGCACCAGAAAAUUCAUACUGCAGGAAGGCUUUAGGAGUGUUUUCAGUAUAGCAGGACACGUGUCAGGUGCGAAUCGCCGUGUAUGUGCAUGUCCUUGCACCAGGUACAUGGAAAGCCUUCAGGGCUCAUACUGUGCUUUCUCACCUUGGGUUCCUUACUCAAGUAAUAUUGCUGUAAAUAUCUGUGGCUGAAGCCAAUUUAACUGGAACGGCUUGGUCACUGGGUAGGGGAGACUGUUUUCUUUCCGGCACUUAGAAGGAAUCAUGAGACACUUGAGUUCAAUGGAUGUCCUCAUUCUAUCCUCCCUGACUGUAGGUGGAAAUGACCCAUCUUCAGCCAAGAGGCCCUGAGCUGUGUUCCGCUGGAAGUCUGCAGAGCGGUCCUUUCUCACUUCCAGCCUCCAGGUCACCUAGUGGAAAAGCACAUGCCUUAUACUGCUGAUUUGUAAUAAUAAAGGCCUUAAUAAGGCACGUUGAGUCUUUGGGGCUCUUUUUGCAGGAAUGAUUCAAA